AUGGCUUUUCUGGAAAGGAACCACACUGUUGUGACAGAGUUCAUUUUAUUGGGAUUAACAGAUGACCCAGUCCUUAGACUCCUCCUUUUCACCAUCAUCCUGUGCAUUUACCUGGUGACUGUGUCUGGGAACCUCAGUACAAUCCUUCUCAUCAGAGUCUCUCCCCAGCUCCAUCACCCCAUGUACUUUUUUCUCAGCCACUUGGCUUCUGUUGACAUAGGAAUUUCAUCUUCUGUCACACCUAAUAUGCUUGUCAAUUUCUUAGUGAAGAGAAAUACCAUUUCCUACCUUGGAUGUGGCAUCCAGCUCAGCUCAGCUGCUUUCUUUGGUGCAACUGAAUGCUUUCUUCUAGCUGCCAUGGCUUAUGAUCGCUUCAUGGCAAUCUGUAACCCACUGCUUUAUUCAACCAAGAUGUCCGCACAAGUCUGUAUGCAGUUGAUUGUAGGAUCCUAUGUUUGUGGGUUUCUUAAUGCAUCCUCCUUUCUAAUUUCCUUCUUUUCUCUCCUCUUCUGUGGACAAAGUACAGUCAAUGAUUUUUUCUGUGAUUUUGCUCCUUUAGCUGAACUCUCCUGUUCUGAUGUGAGUGUCUCUGUAGUUGUUAUCUCAUUUUCAGCUGGCUCAGUUACUAUGAUUACAGCACUUGUCAUAGCCAUCUCCUAUUCCUACAUCCUCAUCACCAUCCUCAAGAUGCGCUCCACUGAGGGUCGCCAGAAAGCUUUCUCAACCUGCACCUCCCACCUCACUGCUGUCACUUUAUUCUAUGGAACAGUUACAUUCAUCUAUGUGAUGCCUAAGUCCAGCUAUUCAAUGGACCAGAACAAAGUAAUAUCUGUGUUCUACAUGGUGGUGGUCCCCAUGUUGAACCCACUUAUCUACAGCCUUAGGAGCAAUGAGAUUAAGGGUGCCCUGAAGAGACAUUUUGGUAGGAAAACAUUCUCUUAG